CGAUAGCGAGGGGGCACCAAACAUUAAAGCCUCUACUAAAGAAUGAAAUGACGAUGUCUUCAUCAGCAUUCUUUACUGGGACCGAACCGAUUUAAUUAAAUCUAGUCGUGACAGACCCCAAGUCGAGCUCUCUCCACUGAGCUCCAUUACGGAAAACAUGGGGAUCGUUAUGCUGAUAUCACCUAGGUACCUAGGUACUUAAGGCAGGUAUAGGAUGCAGGUAGGCACCUACCUCUACCUCAUCAGUAAGCUAGGAGGGGUAGGACUUCGUGGAUUACUUAACCCAGCCCCUCGCCCUUCAGCCACAUCUGCUACGUACGUAAGACGGGCUGCCUCUUUGCUCACUAACAUGUUUUACGUUACUAAGCUCUGGCGGCGGUCCAUCCCCGGUACCAUGUGCGUCACCAGAGUCUCUCAAUUUGCUCCCUCACAAUUCCGUAUACAGAAGAAGCCUACCGCGAGCCCACCGCGAGCCUACCGCGAGCCUACCUAAUUCGACUAGGGUCGCAAAGCUCUAGGUGCCUAACCUUUCCAACAUCAUUCAAUUGCACUGCCGGCCGGCUCGGAAACCCUCGCGGAUGCGACACCAUGACUCCCCCGGUAGCAUCCCAGAGAUGAAGAGGUAGCAGGAGCUCCAACACCGACUUCUCAUCCCGUCGCCUCCUUGAUUCUCGCCAGAGUGGUUCCUCUGGCUACCGAGAUUCUAACGACACCAUGAGGGUCUUCCUACUCCCCAUCUCGACUCAGCGAACGCUUCUCUAUUGCCAAAAGCUUCAAGCCUUGCCGAUGCACAAGCAGACUUUAGUCGAUAGAAUUACGCAUCGCGCCGCAAAGCUUUGGACCGACUGGGAGAGGAGAGAGCGCGGCUGGCAAAAACAAGUCGCCACCUACGGCAACCACUUGCUGAGGAGGAUCCCCUACGAGGAAUGGGGUCUGAAAUCGGUGCCUCCCUUGUCUACCAAAAGAAGAGCGGAAGAAAUACUGGGCAAGGAUGAGAACCAUCUCAUCUUCCCCCAGACUCUCAUUCCUACGACCAAGGCCACCCAUGUCCUUCGCACCCUCGGCACAGAGCGGGAAGCGCUACACAGAACCAGAUUGACAUGGUGCUUAAUUGGCAUGCCCAUCAGUGCGCCAUUUGCCCUCGUCCCAGUGAUACCCAAUCUUCCCUUCUUCUACUUGGCGUACCGGGCUUGGUCGCAUUGGCGCGCCCUCGCAGGAGGCAAACAUAUUCGUUUCCUCUGCGAUAACAACAUCCUCUCCCUGUCGCCCUCCUCCGUGCUAGACUCGAUCUAUUCACCACGCCUCCCAAGUCCUCUCGCUUCCAAAGCGCCAAAAGUAGAGAAGGUGGCCUCACCCCCCAGCGACGACCCGAACGAAUCCGAGGAGAAGUUGCUGCUGUCGCAAGAGAAGGGGCACGAACUCGUCAAGGCGCUGGAGAUACCGGAACUCGAGAUCGAACUAGAACGUGCCAUUUGGCAGGUCGAGACUGCGAUGCGCAAGGAUAUGGAGCCAAAGUCUAAAUCACCGGAGACAGCUCGGGCAAAGUAGUACCUCGUCGGUACUGCGAAGGGGCCCAAGAAUUAGUCGUGGUCUUUCAUUGUCAUCACGAUGGUGCAGGAAUAUAGAAAAGGGUAGGCGGCUCAUAGAAGGGCAAAAAGAUGAACAAAUGUAACUUUAGGAUCGCACUCAUCGUUCGUGAUAUCGAGUGCGAGCAAAGGCGGGAGGAUGCUCUCAAUUUGAUCUUGUGAAACCCAC